CAUGCUCCGGCCUCCCAAGCCGAGGAGGCGGCGCUCUUCUGCGCAUGUCAGCCUUUCUUCGUCUCGCUCGCCCCCCUUUUUGUCGUUGUCAGUGGACGCGUCCGCAGUCAUGGCGGCCGAGGAGGAGGGCGAGACCAUUUCCAUUGCAGGGAAUGGGACUGUCUUCAAGAGAAAGCACCCCAGGUUUCAUGCAAGCGAGGUGAGCUUUGGGAGACGUCCUCAGCCUUGCCGAAGGAACUGACCGCGGCCCAGUCCUGCACGUGGCCGAUGCGGGCAGAGCCCAAGGCCGGUCCCGUCCUCCAAGAUGGCCACCGGUGGUCCGAGCCCGGACAGUCCCCUCCCGGAUCCGAGCAUGGCCGCCGCUGCUCUGCUCCCGGAGGAGAAGCCGCCCAGGAGCAAAGGCCUCCAGCUGGGCUCCCUCUUUCACGGCCGGAGCGAGAGGUUUGUCUUGGCCCGGAGUGACAGCGUGCCGGAGGAGAACGUCCUGAAGAUCACCAUCACCGAGACCACCGUCAUUGAGUCCGAUCUGGGCAUCUGGAACUCCCAUGCCCUCGUCUACCUCACCUUGUGGUUCUUCUUCAGCUUUUGCACACUCUUCCUGAACAAGUACAUUCUGUCGCUGCUGGAGGGGGAGCCGAGCAUGCUGGGCGCCGUCCAGAUGCUCUCCACCACUUUCAUUGGCUGUGUCAAGAUGUUUGUCCCCUGCUGCUUAUACCAGCACAAGGCCCGCCUCUCGUACCCUCCCAACUUCAUCAUGAUCAUGUUGUUUGUUGGUCUGAUGAGGUUUGCCACGGUUGUCUUGGGCCUGGUUAGUCUGAAGAACGUGGCCGUGUCCUUCGCCGAGACGGUGAAAAGCUCGGCCCCCAUUUUCACAGUGAUCAUGUCCCGCAUGAUAUUGGGGGAAUAUACUGGUCUGUUAGUGAACCUCUCCCUCCUUCCCGUAAUGGGAGGCCUUGCUCUGUGCACCGCGACGGAGCUGAGCUUCAACGUCCUGGGCUUCUCUGCAGCUUUGUCGACUAACAUCAUGGACUGCUUGCAGAAUGUGUUCUCCAAAAAGCUGCUCAGUGGAGACAAGUACCGUUUCUCCGCACCAGAACUGCAGUUCUAUACUAGCGCUGCUGCCGUCAUCAUGCUGAUCCCAGCUUGGAUAUUUUUCAUGGAUGUGCCAGUGAUUGGAAAGAGCGGAAGGAGUUUCCAGUACAACCAGGACAUUGUUGUGCUGCUCCUGAUCGACGGAGUGCUUUUUCAUUUGCAAAGUGUUACGGCCUACGCCUUGAUGGGCAAAAUUUCUCCCGUGACUUUCAGCGUCGCCAGCACAGUCAAGCACGCCCUGUCCAUCUGGCUCAGCAUCAUUGUGUUCGGCAACAAAAUCACCAGCCUCUCGGCCAUCGGGACGGUGCUCGUGAUAGUGGGAGUCCUGCUCUAUAACAAAGCCAAGCAGCACCAGCAGGCCACCAUCCAGAGCUUAGCGGCGGCCUCCUCCCCGCUCUCCCCACAGAUGGCUAGCAAAGACACGGAGCCGCUGAUUCCAACAGAUUUAAAGCCGUACAAGGAUUUUUCGCCGUGAACGUUUCGGUUUCCGGAAGUGCUUCCUCUAGGAGAUCCACUGCCCCAACGCAGGGCAGGUUUUGGCAUCCAGAAAGAAAGAGGAUCACUGUCAGACCAGCAAAGCAGAAUCGUAACCACUAGCGUGUCCCACUUGCUGCAUCAACUCGGAUCAACCACCUCUAGGAAUGGAUAUCACUGCCUUUCCCUACACGAAGCGUCGAACCACUUGAAGCCGUAAAUGCAAUACAAUGCAAUAUCUAUUGGGACCAGGAUUGGGAAACAUUUUGCAAAAGGAAUAAAUAACGGCGGUUUUGUGAUUGCGGCCGCCUGCAAGGAAGCAAUAAACGAGGCUUUGAAAGUAUAUGAAGCCUGUUCCCAGAAGAGUAUGGCAGUCUUGUAUUCUCUUCAGAGAUGGGAGGAAUCAUUCCUUAGUUUUCCAUUCUGGAUUAUAAUAUAUGGCCCUGGUUGUGAUACAACCCUCUCCUAUCCCUGAAGGCAAAUGCGAUGCAAGGACGAAGCUAUUAUCUUACGCCUGAUCAUACUAAUGAAGCUGAUACACUUUUUGUUAACCUCCACCCCUGCAAAGAAGAACUCCAAGCAAAAUUUGGGUCGAUAUAAUGGAAGAAGCAGCAGAAUUAAGUAGAAAACUGAACAGGAAUCUAGGUCUCGCCUACCAAAGACCCCUGUUUGUUUUGUCCCGUGCUCUGAGCUCUUGAGUUCUUGUUCUGUAGCUAAACAUAAAGUGCUAGUAGCUGUCAUUUCCUUCCUCCAACUAGUAUUUGGCCCUAUUGACAAACCAUUUUCUCAUAACAACUGGAAACCACCCAGAGAUUUACCUGAAGGUUGUUUGCUAUCCACCUUCUCCAGCUCUCCGUUUUGGUGGAUUUGGUCUGUCCCAAAAUACAGAUAGUUGUUUACUUUGUUGUUGUUGUUUUUCUACAACAACAUAGUUGAGAUUUUUUUGAUUUCCCGAAAGAAAGAUGGCUCUUUACUUUGUUGUUGUUAUGGUUUUUCUACAACCUAGUUGAUAUUUUUUGAUCUCCCGAAAGAAAGAUGGCUCUUUACUUUGUUGUUGCUAUUGUUUUUCUACAACAUAGUUGAGAUUUUUUUGAUUUCCCGAAAAAAAGAUGGAUCUUUACUUUGUUGUUGUUUUUAUUGUUUUUCUACAAUAGUUGAGAUUUUUUUGGUCUCCCACAAAAAUAAAAUUGGGCUACUCCUGGUUGGAGUCGUGGCAAUCUGAACCCAGUUUGCAAUCGUGGACUAAGAGAGAGAGAGAAGCAGGGACGUUGUAAAAGCCACUGAAAGAUUAUUAUUAUUAUUAUUAGUGGUAUUAUUAUUGUUAUUUGGUCUCCCACAAAAAUAAAAUUGGGCUACUCCUGGUUGUAGUCGUGGCAAUCUGAACCCGGUUUGCAAUCGUGGACUAAGAGAAGUGGGGACAUUGUAAAAGCCACUGAAAGAUUAUUAUUAUUAUUAUUGGUAUUAUUAUUGUUAUUUGGUCUCCCACAAAAAUAAAAUUGGGCUACUCCUGGUUGUAGUCGUGGCAAUCUGAACCCGGUUUGCAAUCGUGGACUAAGAGAAGUGGGGACGUUGUAAAAGCCACUGAAAGAUUAUUAUUAUUAUUAUUGGUAUUAUUAUUGUCAUUUGGUCUCCCACAAAAAUAAAAUUGGGCUACUCCUGGUUGUAGUCGUAGCAAUCUGAACCCAGUUUGCAAUCGUGGACUAAGAGAGAGAAGUGGUGACGUUGUAAAAGCCACUGAAAGAUUAUUAUUAUUAUUAUUAUUGGUAUUAUUAUUGUUAUUUGGUCUCCCACAAAAAUAAUAUUGGGCUACGCCCGGGUGUAGUCGUGGCAAUCUGAACCCGAUUUGCAAUCUUGGAAGUUGACUAAGAGAGAGAAGUGGGGAUGUUGUAAAAGCUGCAGAAAGAUAACAAUAAUAAUAAUAAUAAUAAUAAUAAUAAUAAUAAUAAUAAUAAUAAUAAUAAUUUUAUUUUUUGGGCUACGCCCGGGUGUAGUCAUGGCAAUCUAAGCCCUGUUUGCAAUCGUGGGAGGUGACUAAGAAAGAGAAGCGGAGACGUUGUAAAAGCUGCUGAAAGAGAGUAACUAAUAAUAAUAAUACUGUAAUAAUACAGUAAUAAGAUUCUUUGAUCUCGCACAAAAAUAAAAUUGGGCUACUCCUGGCGUAGUUGUGGCAAUCUGAACCCGGUUUGCAAUCGUGGGAAUCGACUAAGAGUGAGAAGUGGGGACAUUGUGAAAGCUGCAGAAAGAUAAUAAUAAUAAUAUAAUUUUAUUAUUUGUAUUAUUAUUAUUGACAUCAUAAUAAUAAUAUACUCUUGUUAUCUUCGGAGCUGUAGAGGCAACGUUGUUAAGCUUGACGUAUUUUCUUUUUGACCUGUGGAUGCCCAUUUGUAUUAAGAUGCCAAGGGAUAAGCUAUGAGGCUUGGUUGCUGCACUGUUCCAUUGGUUCCUUCUGUCUGUUUUGAUAAAAUAAAAAAAUGACAAUUUAUAUAUAUAUAUAUAAUUAAAA